GUUAAAACUGGUUAUUGAUUGGGCGGUGACCCAAUAAGACUCAAACCGGCCCAUUAUUCCCUCCGUGUCUGUCUCUCUUUUACCCCGUCUCUUUCCCAUUUAUCUCUGCAAUUUUACCCAUUCAAAAGAAACCACUCUGCAAUUUUGGCAUCUCACUUUCCUAAAGAGGCUGAAAAUCCCAUUCCCCAAAACAACCCCAGAUCUCAAUCUUUCCUUGUAAGAAAUGCCUCUGAUUUUCUGGGAAUUUGGGAAUCGAUCCAUCCAUUGCUGAUUUGUAAUAAAAGGGUUUAGUUGGAUCGGAGAUUGAUAAAUCUAAUGGCGACUCUGCAGAUUUUCAAGCUUUUGGCGACGCAGUGUGCCGUGGCAAGAAGCCCAACGCUGAGCCCAUCGGCGAGCCCAGUAAUCCACCUCCGCCGUCGGAAGACACUCGGCAUGCUGCUCGGUCGCGGCGGAGGGAGCGGUGGUGUGCGGAGGCUUCCGAUCGAAGAUGGCUCAUCGGCCGGUCAGAAUGUAGAAAACAGGGACUCCCCAGAUGAGGAGAAGGAGCAAACGGCGAGCCAUAAACACAAGCUCAAGGAUUUCUUGCUGUCGUCGCCGUCGCCGCCGCCUUUGGAUGAGCGAUUGUCAGGAAAUGUCAGAGUGGGGCUCUCACAAGCGGGGUCUUGGUCCGGUGGCCAGAGAUUCGGGGACCGCUCGCCUCGGCCAUUAUCGGCGACGAUCCGUCAGAGGUUGCUUAGACGAGCGUGGCGGCCGGUGCUGGUGGCCAUACCGGAGUAACGCCGGACUUAUCUAUUAAUUUGUAAAACAAAAAAAAACAAAAAAAGUAUUACCGGGUAUAAUAUUAAUGUGCUCUUGGAGAGGUCCAUUGUCGAGUGUUGUUAUUUGAUGUCUUGAUUUGAUUAUUAGUAAAGGGUCAAGUUUUUA